AUGGCUAAAGAUAACCGCCUUUCGGAAAAGGAUGCUGUCGCCACGGCGAUCAUGCCGCCCAAGUCUGCGUCCAGCCGAGAGGACACGGGCGAUGAGAAGGCGGCAUCGAGUCUCGUCAAGAUCGAUUCGAAACCCGUGCAGCUCCCCGACCAGAAGAAUGCAGUGGACCCCUUUCAACACCUGCCGCCGGACGAGGCCUCUGUGCUGCGACGACAGGUGCUGACGCCCGAGGUCAAGGUCGGCUUCCGCACGCUGUACCGCUACGCCUCGAGGACGGACGUGGCCAUCCUGGUCGUGUCGGCCAUCUGCGGCGCGGCAUCCGGCGCCGCACUGCCGCUGAUGACAGUCGUGUUCGGCAACCUCCAGGGCAGCUUCCAAAAGUUCUUUCUCGGCACGCUCUCCCGCCACGCAUUCAUGCACAAGAUGGCCCACCAGGUGCUGUAUUUUAUCUACCUGGCCAUCGGCGAGUUUGUCACCACGUACAUCUCCACAGUCGGCUUCAUCUACACGGGCGAGCACAUCAGCUCCAAGAUCCGCGAGCACUACCUCGAGAGCUGCAUGCGCCAAAACAUUGGCUUCUUCGACAAGCUGGGCGCCGGCGAGGUCACGACGCGCAUCACGGCCGACGCGAACCUGGUGCAGGAGGGCAUCUCAGAGAAGAUUGGCCUGACGCUUGCGGCAGUGGCCACCUUUUUUACCGCCUUUGUCAUCGGCUUCGUCGAGUACUGGAAGAUGACGCUGAUCCUGCUGUCGACGGUGGUGGCGCUGGUUACUGUCAUGGGCGGUGGGUCGCGCUUCAUCGUCCGGUACAGCAAGCUGUCAGUGGCGGCUUAUGCCGAGGGCGGCAGCGUGGCCGAGGAGGUCAUCAGCUCGAUCCGCAACAGCGUGGCCUUUGGCACGCAGGACCGCCUGGCCCGCCGCUACGACGAGUACCUGACACGGGCCGAAGGCCAUGGCUUCCGCGUCAAGGCGGUGCUCUCGAUUAUGAUUGCCUGCAUGAUGUGCAUCCUAUACCUCAACUACGGCCUGGCCUUUUACGUAGGCAGCAACUUUGUGCUCGACAAUGUGAUCCCGCUGUCCAAGGUGCUUAUCAUCAUGAUGUCCGUCAUGAUGGGCGCCUUCAACCUGGGCAACGUGGCGCCCAACAUCCAGGCCUUCACGACCGGCCUGGCGGCCGCGGCUAAGAUCUUCAACACGAUCGACCGGAUCUCGUGCCUGGACCCGACGUCAGACGAGGGCGAAAAGCCGGCUGGGCUGGUGGGCGCGAUCCGGCUGGAGCACAUCAAGCACAUCUACCCGUCACGACCCGAGGUGGUGGUGAUGGAGGACGUGUCGCUGGAGAUUCCGGCCGGCAAGACGACGGCACUGGUGGGCGCUUCGGGGUCGGGCAAGUCGACCAUUGUCGGCCUGGUCGAGCGGUUCUACCACCCGGUGCAGGGCACGGUCUACCUGGACGGCCACGACAUCAGCAAGCUGAACCUGCGGUGGCUGCGGCAGAACAUCUCGCUCGUGCAGCAGGAGCCCAUCUUGUUUGGCACGACCAUCUAUGAAAACAUUGCUCACGGCCUCAUCGGCAGCCGGCACGAGCAGGCGGGCGUGGAGGAGAAGCUGGCGCUGAUCGAGGACGCGGCACGCAAGGCCAACGCGCACGACUUCAUCACCGGUCUGCCCGAGGGCUACGAGACAAACGUGGGCGAGCGCGGCUUCCUGCUGUCGGGCGGCCAGAAGCAGCGUAUCGCCAUUGCGCGGGCGAUCGUGUCGGACCCGAAGAUCCUGCUGUUGGACGAGGCCACAUCGGCGCUGGACACGCGGUCCGAGGGCGUGGUGCAGGCGGCUUUGGACGUAGCAGCUGCCGGACGGACGACCAUUACGAUUGCGCAUCGACUGAGCACGAUCAAGGACGCGCACAACAUCGUGGUCAUGUCGUCGGGGCGGAUCGUCGAACAGGGCACGCACAACGAGCUGAUCGAGCGGCGCGGCGCCUACUACAACCUGGUGGCGGCACAGAGCAUCGCGACCGUGAACGCACCGACGUCCGAGGAACAGGAAGCACUGGACGCCAAGGCAGACGCAGAACUGGUGCGCAAGGUGACGGGUGGCAGCAGCAGCAGCAGCGCGGACGUGGAGGCCAAGGACGGCUCAGCCACAGAAGGCACAGCCACAGGAACGGGUGAUUACUCAGCAGACCCGGACGACGACAUGGCACGCAAGCUGCAGCGGUCGGCGACGCAGCACUCGCUGUCGAGCCUGGCGGUGAAGGCGCGCAAGCCGGAGGCGGAAGACGCAGCGGCACGCUACGGGUUGAUGACGCUGAUCCGGCUGAUCGCAGGGUUCAACAGCUCAGAGUGGCCGCUGAUGUGCGUGGCGCUGGUGUUCUCGAUCAUCUGCGGUGGCGGCAACCCGACGCAGGCGGUGUUCUUCGCGAAGCAGAUCAGCACACUGUCGGUGGUGGUGACGCCACAGAACCGCGGCCAGGUGCGGCACGAUGCGCACUUUUGGUGUCUGAUGUACCUGAUGCUGGGACUGGUGCAACUGCUUGCAUUUUCGAUCCAGGGAGGCUUAUUCGCACUGUGCUCUGAACGGCUUGUGCAUCGAGCACGUGACAGGGCCUUUCGCUCCAUGUUGCGACAGGACAUCUCCUUCUUCGACCGGGACGAGAACACGGCGGGCGCACUGACAUCGUUCCUGUCGACGGAGGUGACGCACGCUGCCGGGCUGAGCGGCGCGACGCUAGGGACACUGCUGACGGUGGCGACGACGCUAAUCGCCGCGCUGACGCUGUCGAUUGCGAUCGGGUGGAAGCUGGCGCUGGUGUGCACGUCGACGAUUCCGAUCCUGCUGGGCUGCGGCUACUUCCGGUUCUGGAUGCUGGCGCACUACCAGCGGCGGGCAAAGCGGGCCUACGAGGGCUCGGCGAGCUACGCGAGCGAGGCGAUCACGGCCAUCCGGACAGUGGCCUCGCUGACGCGCGAAGACGACGUGGUGCAGCACUAUCGCGCCGACCUGGCAGCACAGCUGCAGACAUCGACGGUGUCGGUGCUGCGGUCGUCGCUGCUGUACGCGGCGUCGCAAUCGCUAACAUUUCUGGUCCUGGCCCUGGGUUUCUGGUAUGGUGGCAAGCUGCUGUCGGAGGGGGCCUACGACAUGUUCAGCUUCUUUGUCGUCUUCUCAGCCGUCACCUUUGGCGCCCAGUCAGCCGGCACGUUCUUUUCCUUUGCGCCCGACAUGGGCAAGGCCCGCCAGGCGAGCGCCGAGCUGAAGCACCUGUUUGAGCGCCCGGUGGCCAUUGACGCCUGGUCGACGGCUGGUCGAUCGGUCGACUCGUUCGACCACCCGAUCGAGUUCCGCGACGUCCACUUCCGUUAUCCCACCCGCCUCGAGCAGCCCGUGCUGCGCGGUCUCAGCCUGACCGUCCACCCGGGCCAGUACGUCGCCCUCGUCGGUGCCUCCGGCUGCGGCAAGUCUACUACCAUCGCCCUGCUCGAGCGCUUCUACGAUCCGCUCGCCGGCGGCAUCUUCCUCGACGGCCACGACAUUGCCGGUCUCAACGUGAGCGCCUAUCGUCGCGGCAUCGCCCUGGUCUCCCAGGAACCGACCCUGUAUAUGGGCACUAUCCGCGAGAACAUUUUGUUGGGCGCCCUCGACGAGACCGCCGUGACCAACGAGGCCGUCGAGUUUGCCUGCCGCGAGGCCAACAUCUACGACUUCAUCGUCAGCCUACCAGAUGGCUUCAACACUCUCGUCGGUAGCAAGGGCGCGCUCCUGUCGGGCGGCCAGAAACAACGCAUCGCCAUUGCGCGGGCCCUGAUCCGGGAUCCCAAGAUUCUACUCCUUGACGAAGCGACGUCUGCGCUCGACAGCGAGAGCGAAAAGGUCGUCCAGGCCGCCCUCGACAAGGCCGCCAAAGGUCGCACCACCAUCGCCGUCGCCCACCGCCUCAGCACGAUCCAAAAGGCCGACGUGAUCUACGUCUUCGACCAGGGCCGCAUCGUCGAGCAGGGCACCCACGUCGAGCUCAUGCAGCGCAACGGCCGCUACGCCGAGCUGGUCAACCUGCAGAGCCUUGAAAAGCAUCAGUAG